AUGGGAUUAAAUGAUAGCUACAGUCAAGCUCGUAGCCAAAUAAUAAUGAAAUCUAAAAUUCCAACUGUCAAUCAAGCCUAUGCUAUGAUCCUUCAAGAUGAAAGUCAAAGACUAGUAGCAGGUGGCAGUUAUAGUGCUGAGUCCAUUGAUCCUACUGCCCUAUUCAGCUCUAAGAUUGGUCAAAAACAAAGAAGAAAUUUCAAUGUUGAAUGUGAUUUCUGCCAUUUAAAAGGUCAUACUAAGGAGGAAUGCUACAAGCUGAUGAUGUGUGACUACUGCAAUAGGAAAGGACAUUUAAGGGCCAAUUGUUACAAACUGAUAGGAUAUCCUGCAGAUUUUAAGCCUCAGAAACGAGCUAAUAUGGUUGGAAGUUCAAAUAACCAACCAAUUCCAUCUUCAUCAGUCAUGAUGACACAAGAGCAACAUUUGGGACCUAUGCAGGGAUUUACUUCUGAACAACAUAAUCAUCAGGGGCAACAGAGUCUGGGGCCUAUGCAAAUAUUCACUCCUGAGCAAUAUGGUCAGAUUCUAAGCCUGCUAAACAAGGCAUCACUCUCUGAAUCAUCUUCCAGUGCACACAUGGCAGGUAAUGUUUCUUAUGAACCAAAUACAGAUGAGAAAUGGAUAGUAGAUACUGGAGGUACAAAUCAUAUGGUUGGUAAUGAACAACUUCUAUUUGAAAAAUUGUUAGUAGGUAAUGCAGGAAAUGUACAGCUCCCUACUGGAGAGUCUACUAAGGUGUCAGAUGUUGCUUUAAAAUGUUGUGCUGCAUUUUUUCCAAAUUUCUGCAUAUUUCAAGAUCUCUUCACUGGGAGGGUGAAGGAGAUUGGCAAGGAAGAAGAAGGACUGGAUGUGCUGCAUUCACCAAGGAGAAACAAGAAUAAAACUAGAUCAUUGGUGAUGAUUGCCCACAGGAAUGAAGUUGAGCUGUGGCACAAGAGAGUGGGACAUGUUCCAAUUCAAGUUCUCAAGAAAAUCCCUAGUAUACAUAGCAGUAGUAAAGCAGAAAUAAGUCCAUGUGGCAUUUGUCCUUUAGCCAGGCAAGCUAGGAGUUCUUUUCCAGUCAGUAACAGUAGAGCAGAAAAUGUAUUUGAUUUGAUACACAUGGAUGUUUGGGCACCAUAUAAAGUUCCUACAUAUAAUGGAAAGAGGUAUUUUCUCACAAUGGUUGAUGAUCACUUUAGGUGGAUUUGGAUUUUCUUCUUACAUCUUAAGUCUGAUGUUAUUACAGUACUGAAAAAUUUCAUUGUUAUGGUAAAAACUCAGUUUGGUAGAAUGGUCAAAUGCUUUAGGUCAGACAAUAGUUCUGAAUUCUUUAACCAUAAUUGUACAACACUGUUCCAAAUGCAUGGAAUUAUACAUCAAAGUUCCUGUCCACACACCCCUCAACAAAAUGGAGUGGUGGAAAGAAGGCAUAAACAUGUUCUGGAGACUGCAAGGGCCAUCAGAUUUCAGGGGCACUUGCUAAGGUGUUUGUGUGGAUACAGCUGUGUAUAUAAUAAACAGAAUUCCCCCCACACAAGAUUACCAAGAGGUGACAAAUUUGCACCUAGGUCCAUAAGAUCAGUGUUUCUGGGAUAUGCAAGCACACCAAAGGGGUAUAGGUUGUAUGAUAUUGAACACAAGACACUCUUUGUCAGUAGAGAUGUGAUAUUUCAUGAAGAUGUGUAUCCAUUUCAAGGUCUUCCUCAAGACUCCUCUUUCUUUGUAGAUGAAUUUCAGAGGGUUGAUCCUUAUCCUGAUCAGCCUCCUAUUGUUUUACCUUCUACUAUCAGUGACAGGGAUGAUCCAAACUCCUCUGAAUAUCCUGCACCUGCAGAAUUUGUUCCUGAAAGUACUAAUCCACCAUUGGAUUCUCAUUCUCUGCCACACAUAGAGGAAUCAGCUACAGGACAGCAUGAGAAUAAUGCUGGUGAAUUAAGGAGAUCAGGGAGAACUUCAAAGCCUCCUAUUUGGCUUAAGGAUUAUGUUGGGCCAAUACAGAAGUCUAACUCCUCUCAUACAGCACAUUGUCAAUAUCCUAUUGGUAACUUAAUUCAGUACACAGGAUUUUCUGCCUCAUAUCAAGCCUACAUUACUCAAUUGUCUUCUGAAGUUGAACCAAGUUCUUAUCAUGAGGCAGCCAAGGAUGUGAAAUGGAUUGAAGCUAUGAAAGCAGAAAUACAAGCAUUGGAGGACAAUAAGACAUAG